AUGUCUUCGACGACAAGUGCUACGCCUACGCCAAGCGGCGUCAAUGGAGGAGACUCUAGAACUGUCGACUUGAACCAAUUCUACGAUGGUGGUGAUAUUUCUUGGAUCCUCGCUAGUACAGCCCUCGUGUUUAUCAUGAUUCCCGGUGUAGGGUUCUUUUACUCUGGCUUGGCCCGUCGCAGAAGCGCCAUUUCUAUGCUCUUCCUUUCCAUGAUGUCGGUCGCUGUUAUUGCCUUCCAAUGGUUCUUUUGGGGAUAUUCUCUCACCUUUUCCCACAACGGUGGUCCUUAUAUUGGAUCUUUGGCAAACUUUGGCUUGCGUCAAACUCUCGGUAGACCUUCUAGUGUCGCUGCUGGACUUCCCGACAUUUUGUUUUGCAUCUACCAAGGCAUGUUUGCUGCCCUCACUCCUGCUUUGGCUAUCGGUGCCGCCGCCGACCGGGGUCGAAUGUUGCCUUGCCUCGUCUUUGUCUUUCUCUGGAGCACGAUCGUUUACGACCCAAUUGCGUUUUGGACCUGGAAUCCUAAGGGCUGGCUCAGUACUCUAGGCUCCUACGAUUUCGCUGGUGGUUCUCCCGUCCACAUCGCUUCUGGUAUGACGGCUCUUGCUUAUUCCAUCGUGGUUGGCAAGAGACACGACCAUGGCACUGUUCAAUACCGUCCCCAUAACGUUCCCCAUGUCGUCUUGGGUACUGUCUUGCUUUGGUUCGGUUGGUUUGGAUUCAAUGGUGGCUCUGCUGGUUCUGCCAAUAUUAGAGCCGUUAUGGCUUGCGUGGUCACUCACAUCGCAGCUUCUAUUGGUGGCAUCGUUUGGUGCUUUUGGGAUUAUAUCAAGACCCGUCACUGGUCUGCCGUCGGUUUUUGCUGUGGUGCUGUCGCCGGUUUGGUCGCUAUUACCCCGGGAUCCGGUUUCGUACCUCCUUGGGCUGCUGUGGUCAUCGGAGGCAUCGGCGCAUCUGCCUGCUAUGGAGCUACUUACCUGAAACGACUCAUCCGUGUGGAUGAUGCGUUGGACAUUUUUGCCGAACACGCUGUCGGCGGUAUGGUUGGCAACAUCCUGACAGCUCUUUUCUCCGCUGACUAUAUCCAAUCCUUAGAUGGGUCUACUGGAAACAAGGGCGGUUGGUUGUCCCAUCACUAUAUCCAGCUGGGUUACCAAUUGGCCGAUACGGUUUCUUGUGCAGCCUAUUCCUUUGUCCUUUCUUGUGCCUUGUUAUAUAUCAUGAAUUACAUUCCCGGACUUUCUCUCCGUGUUUCUCGCGACGAUGAAGUGCUGGGUUUGGAUAAUGUGGAAAUUGGAGAAACUUCGUACAAAUUCUCAGAAGAACCACCGGCCUUGUCGCAUGGUAUUGAAGUCAAUGCUCGCCAAGAAAGCAACGAAUCCACAAAAGAGAGAACUCGCCAAGAAGAAAAGGAUAUGAGUUCUCAAGAUCCUUCUGUUGUUGUAUAA